AUGGCCGUCGUGAAAGUGCGAGUGGUCUGCUUGAGCGCAGCAGUUGGAAUAUCGAGGUGCGUCGAGGCGUGCACUGGUGACUGGUGUGCUCGACGCGGACCGUGCGCCCUUGCCGUACUCACGUGGACCUGUCGGAUUCUUCUCGAGCUAGACGCACAACUCCACGCAUCACGUCUUCUUUUUUUGUUGUUGUCUUGGGCGAGGCUUGGCUGCGCAAGAAACCGCCUUUUCUUUUGGCUGCUUGGACCUCGAUCGCUAUGAGGCCAUCUCCAAAUCACAACACCUCCCUCCAUCAACCCUCAUCGUCCGCUAACCUUUACACUCACGACUCGACAUGA